AUGGCUUCAUUGGUGGCUGCGAAGAACCAGCUGCGUUCUGCUAUGAAGGACAGACUUACUGGCAUCGCACACGAUUCAAUCAAAGCCCAGAGCCAAGCCGUCUUUGAGACACUCAAGACGUUUAGACCAUACGUGGAGGCGCAGAAGGUUAGCAUCUUUCUUUCGAUGCCCUCAGGCGAAAUCCAGACAGACGACAUUGUGCGUCAUGCCCUAUUAGCUGGGAAACACGUCUACAUCCCGUACCUGCACAAGUCGCCCUUUGCGCCAGGAGAAACACCUCCCAGAGUCAUGGACAUGGUGCGGCUGCGCGACCUACACGACUACGAAUCCCUGCAGCUGGACAAAUGGGGCAUUCCCAGCAUCGACCCCAGGACGGUAAACCAGAGAGACCGAGUUCUCGGCGAACCUGGCGCAGAGUCCUCCGAGCUGUCUUUCCUGGACCUAAUGCUACUUCCUGGAGUCGCAUUUGACAUAGACAGCAACUCAGGCUCACUGCGACGGCUGGGUCAUGGGAAGGGGUUUUAUGAUCUUUUUAUCAGAAGGUACGCAUCAAAGUACAGCGAGUUGUCGUCCCUGAGGCAUCCUAUAUUGCUCUACGGCCUGGCUCUAUCGGAGCAGUUCCUCUCCCAGCCCUCAGAUGGCCCGGUUCCUGUGGCGCAGCACGACCAACAACUCCAUGGCCUGAUCCUGGGAAACGGAGAGGUCAAGAGGCCGGCAGACAGUUCCCGCAGCAAAUAG